ACCCGGAAGUAUUGAGAGUGGCGCCAGAGAGAAGAGAGAGUGGCGGGUGAGGACAGCGAACUUUUAAGCUCCCGUCUGUUAUUCUACAGCUGGUCUACAAGGCGAACACGUUUUCACGGUGUUCCAUGAUACUUCAGGGAAGAAUAAAUGUGAACGUGGACAUCAGUAAGAGGCGUGGACUCUUUUUAUGACCAGUGUAGCUAAAGUGAAAACGUGCCUAACUCCAUCAUCCACGAGGUCUUCAGCGUGCGGCUCUGCUCCAUAUCCUGUGGUGAACUUCAGGUCUUCAGUGUGCGGCUCUGCUCCAUAUCCUGUGGUGAACUUCAGGUCUUCAGUGUGCGGCUCUGCUUCAUAUCCUGUGGUGAACUUCAGGUCUUCAGUGUGCAAUUCUGCUUAAUUUCCUGUCGGAGACUACAGGCUUCAGUGUGCAGUUUUGCUCUUCUCCAGCAGCUACUUCAUCCUACAGCAUCCAUUUCAGGUCAGACUGUGAAUACUGAAAUUGAAAAUAAGUCCUCUGGCAAAAGAUGGACAGUUCCACAACAACGGCGUAAAGAAACUGUUUGCUAUGAAAUAAAAGUCUAUAGUUGCUAAGGACUGUGAGAAAGACAUAGAGUAAAGGUUAACUGUUAACUAAUAGUAACAUCCUGUUUUCCACUUUCUAUACACCUUUCUAUAAGGUCAAUGACCGCAAGUGCUGGUACAACUUGAGCGUCAAAUUCCAAAUUGACAACAGUAUUAGCCAUAAGAUAAAGGUGUAACAAAAUUAGCUUCAUUGUCUAUCACAGUAAUUCAUGUGCUUGCAAAUUACCUUGUCUCUUUCUUCAAGUGUCAGCGUAUGCCAGGAAGAUUACAAAAUGUCAGUUCGUAGUGAAUUGUCGUCUCAGGAUGGCGAGGUAUCUAAACAGAUUGGUUCCCUGUCAGAUGUGCAGGGUGAUUUAGACUCUAAUUCAAUUGCAGCAGAGAAAGAGAAAAUAACAGCUCAUCAUGCUAAAAAUGAGAAAUCUAAAACAAUGCUUAAGGAGCCUAUUUCAGCUGCAGCGCAGUUAGAUGAUGAACCAAGAAAAUCCUCCCGUGACAGACGUCCAACACGUAAAAUGAUAGAGCUGAAAGAGCAAGAAUCAAUCCAAAGAGAACGGAAAUUCAAUUCAGUGUAUGAGAAAUGGAAAACACAAGUUAAGAAUGCUCGUACAAGACUGAAGCAGGCUUGCUCCGAGAGCGACUUGUAUGACAUGAUGGAUGUAAUUGAGAAGCUUGAGUCUGAAUUAAAGGAGUUAUACGACAACAUACGGUUAAAAACUGCACCAAGCCAAGAAAUUCGAAGAAAGAUUGAUGCAAGUGUAGCCGUGACAGCUGAUUUGUUGGGACUAAUGAGAGUUCGCCUCAUUGAAGGAGAAGAAGAGUUUGAUGGUGAGGUGGAAAAGGCAAGGUUACGCAUGCUGCUUGACAGUGAAUAUGCUAGGUCCAUAUAUGGGUCCACUGUUUCCAAAGCCACCGCACUCAGCCACAGCUCCAACCGUCCUUCAGAGUCACCAAGUAUUUCAGCUAAGAGAGCUGAGACAGCUGUACAGCUGGCUGCAAAGAAAGCUGAAGUCGAAAGGGAAGCUGCUAUCGAAGCACAACGUCUGCAACUGAAAAGGCUAGAAAAUCAAAGAGACAUUGAGGUGAUCGAAGCAAGGCUCAGAGUAUUUACUGAGGAAGAGUCAAAAGAAAAGAGUGAGAGAUGCAGUUCCCCGUGCAGUGAAGGAAAUGUUCCCAGUCUACUCACUCCCCUUGCAGGAUGCCUGGAACGGCAAGUUACACAGAAUGAAGCAUCUUUAGUCCAGACAUUACAGGAGUCAAUGGCCCUCACUCGACUUCCAUUACCAGAACCUUCUGUAUUCUCCGGUGACCCAUUGAAGUUUACAGAAUGGAGCACAAGCUUCAAAGCCCUUAUAGAGAGACGAUGUUCUAAUCCUGCAGAUAGGUUGUUUUACCUACAAAGGUACGUAAGUGGGGAGGCAAGGUCUGCUCUGGAAGGCAGCUUCUACAGAAAAGAUGAAGAGGCAUAUCAGCAAGCAUGGGAGAAGCUGAAUGCAAGAUAUGGUCACUCCUUUGUG